AUGGAACCUUUUCAAGACUCAGACAAGAUAGAGGAAUAUAGAAGAAGACUGGGUAUAGAACAAGCAAUGGCUAAUAUAUCCGGUAAAAUUUGGGCUUUUGUGGAAGAUAUAUUUGACUUCUAUGUAAUAAUGGACCAUCAACAGCAUUUAACUAUUAAAUUAAGAAUUAGAGGAAGUCAAGAGGAGAUGCUAGUAUCACUAGUGUAUGCAAAGUGUACUCAAUAUGAAAGAAUGGAGCUGUGGGAAUCAAUGGAGGAUUUAUCUACCUCAGUUAAUAUUCCAUGGAUGAUUGGGGGUGAUUUUAAUGCAAUCACUUCAGAAGAAGAGAAAUUUGGAGGCCUUCCAGCAACCAUCAAGGAAAUUAUGGACUUUAGAGGCUGCAUUCAAAACUGUGGAAUAUCAGACUUGGGAUAUAGUGGCAACAAAUUUACUUGGUGGAAUGGACAAAAUGGUGAGGACUGUAUUUUCAAGAGAUUGGAUAGAUGUUUGGGUAAUCAACUGUUACAAAUAAAAUACCCUAGUAUUGAUAUCAAACAUCUGAUCAGGAGUGGUUCAGAUCAUGCUCAUAUGUUAAUCUCUUACACUGGAGAUAAUAGAAGCAUAAAAAAAACCGUUUAA